GUUUAGUGCAGUUCAGGUCGGUACGGCUGUUGAAACUGACAAGUGAGCGCAAGGUUUGUCUUCUAUUUCGUGGUUUGUUUGACGAAGUUGUUUUGCAUGUAUGACAAACUGUCUCUCUGUUACCAGAACCCCAAUUUAACAAAGGGCUUUGAACCUCAGCAAUUUACGUGUAUAUUAGAUGUUAGACUUUCGAGAUUAUCUAUAGGCUGGUAACCAACUUGACAUUUUUAAAGUGUGUUGUGUACAGUUAUCAAGGUUUGAAGUCUGAAAAAACCAUCUACUUCAGUUUAGGCAGUAAAUUGUAUGGUAGUAAGACUAAAUCAUGCGAAUGGCUAUAUGUGACUUUAGGAGUCAUUGAUCUGUUAAAGUACAUAUUAUGUAAACGAACUAUGUAUUGCAUAGAAACAUCCUCAAUGGAUAUGGGGGUUUAACUUAAUAAAGUCCAUAAUAAGUUCUCUGAUGUAGAUAUCGUAGUACUUUCCGACAUUUUUCAGACUAUCAUUUUGCUAAAACGCCCGAGUUUUUUCGAGGCUGAUUUUAACGAGUCCUAGCUAAGCGUCGGAUGAUUAUUGAGGCCAAUAUUUUGGAUACUAUGUUAGUCAGACUGAUUCGUCUAUGGUUGUCAGCAAAGGAUUUUUGUCCUUAUAGACUGGGACGAUCAGCGAUCGAGACCAGUCAGACGGGGUUAUAUCCAGCUCCCAGAUUCUGACUGAGAUUUCAGUUAAUCUAAUACCUAAAACUGGGUUACUAACUUUCAAUAUCUCAGGGGUUAAUCGAUCAAGUCCUGCUACUCUCUUGAACUUAAUGUUUCUUAUAGCCCUUUUCACCUGACUACGAGUUGUACACAUAUGGAUAGUGGGUAACUGGGAUACCACUGAAGACCGGUUGAAAGUGUCCUCCCUAUCCGUUUAAUCCCCAGGAUUGGAAGUGGAUUAUAGUCCCGUCUUUCUCAGAAAUAAAAUCCGGGAUUCUUAUACCCGUUCCCUUGAUAAGUUUGAACGGUUGUCUAUUGUUACCAAUCGCUGCUACCUUUAUCAUCUCUGCUUCCGCUACCUACUCCCACCUCACGAAUACGUAGGUUUUCUGUCAGCCUACGUCUAAGCUGCCCUCGCUGCUCAUCGUGUACGGAGCCAAAUAGGAUGGAUUUCCGUGCAUCUAUCAGCCUCUGGAAUCCACCGAUUUUUUGGCCUUUUGGUUUAAGUUGCCGGUAGAUGUCUCUGUUGUUUUCACAGCUUUUUAGAUAUUCUACUGAACCACCUCGCUGUAUAUAUCGCUUUCACUGUUGACUAGAUCUUUCUCGAGAUGGCCCCAAAAAUAUUCUUUACUUUUCCAUCAUUACGUUGAACUACAAGAUUUCUUGCUGUAGCUCUUCUACGUUCUGUAUGGGCGGCCAAACCAAAACGUGGCAUCAGUCCUUGAAGUCACUAACCUCUAGUCUGAGCAAUGUUGGUAGAUGCAGACUACUUGGUUGGGGUCCGCGUGACUAUCGUGACCAAUGGUUGGAGACUGGGUGACAUGGCCCAGAAUCAAUCACAGUGGCGUCGGUGUAUACACUCUUUGUCUUACCUUAAACUAAGAGAUUAAAAUUACUUCAUAUCUUUCUUUCUGUGAACUAAUUCUUUCUUCCUGUAUUAUAUCCUUAUAUGCAAUCUUUCUUUUAUAUAUUAUCACCUCUGAAUUAACUAUUUCUAUGAAUUCGGUGUUCAUCUUGUUGUGCUAUCGAGGUAUGGCAACUUGGACCGAUGCACAUAUAUACCUGGUCCUACGUUGUGGCUGACUGACUGAGUGAAGAUGCAAACAAACAUGUGCCUUAACCAGAGCAUUAUCCGAGUCUAAACACGUGCUUCUGAAUAAGCGACAGUCUUCUAUCUGGCCCCUCUCGCCAACGAUGGUCUAUGGGAAUAUUUGAUUUCUUUCUUGAGUCAAUCACUCAGAUCUAAGAAAGCAGAUAUGAAUGUUGACUCGAGAUAAUCAGUGUAGUUUAGUUUUGCUGGUAUCAUUAGUUCUCAUACAUAAAGUAUGGCUGUUAGUCGAGUACAUCUUAAUAUAGUAAUGAAUAGGGAAAUGCAUGCAAUUAAUACAUGAAAAAGCGAAGAUAUAUGAUGAACUAGUUUUAAUGAGGUCAGGGGUAAAAUAAUUUUAUUUAGACACGAGAGGCAUCUUACUGCUUGUAAAUAAUAGUGAAAAAUUACAUGGAUCAUCCCUAGCUUUUAUCCUGAGCCACUGACAAGCGUAGUAAGUAAUCUCGACCAGUAGUUUUAGACCUUAGGUAGUAUUCCUCAGAAUGCAUGUACUCUUUAUUGCUCUGGAUCAUGGGUUUUACUAUUGUUUUACGCUUCACUACAUUUAUUUUUGAAUCUUAACACAACGCUGCUACUAUUUCAACUUCGUGGUUUAUCUUGUUCACUUUGUUUCGUGAUGCUGGCUUGAUGACGCCACUUAAGCUGAUAUAUGUAUGCGGUAGGUCUUACGUUUAUUAUGCCUGACUGAAUCUUUACUAACAUACUUCUUAAGAUCUUGUGGCUGUCUGACGCUUAACUGUAACACAAAACAACUGAACUAGAAAAAAACAGCUAGAUUUAAGGUUUAUACAUCAAAAUACUAGCUUGAUCUACUGCACAUUGAAUUCGGGAGUACAGGCAUAUUUGUUGACAUCUAACAGCAAUCGCACCUCUGAGGAUUUCAUUGAAAAGCACAUCCUUGGAGAAUGUGACUUCAGAUGUCGGACUUCAAUUGAAAAGUACUGACUAGUUAAUGAUCACCUACUGGUAGGUACGCUUACAACUGAACAGGGAGUCAGUUGAUUUGUGCUUUGGACAUCCAUCACUUAGUUUGACUUUGGUGUGGUCUACCAAUAGAUGGACAUCGAAAUAUCAUGUUACAAAAUUAACCCGUGUCAUUAAAGAGAACUAAAAGACCAGUGAAGAAACUUUUUUUUCAACGACAUCACUUACUCAAGUUGUAUAGCCGUAUUCAUGGUUAUUCAACAAACAAGAUAGCCUGUCAAAGAAUAGGGAGCGCAAUGCCUAACAAACUAUUCGGGAACUCCAAGCGUUAAAACAGGGUUGCGUAACCAUCGGUAAAGUGGAUUCCAAUUUGUAGGAGAUAAUUGUUAAUUUGGAGUAUAUGAGUGUUAUAACUUGUGGCCUGUGUACCCUGUUAAUGUACAACGUAAUAAUACCGCCAGUUAGCAGUAAAUUAUCGAUCGGACCAGUAACGCAUAAGACACGUACGAGCAGUCUAGAGUCCUUAUUGGUCUUGCUUCCUGCUUAGUCCAGCCAGUUAAGUCCAGAACACCAAUCUCAGCCUCUGUGAUAUGAAUCAUUCAUUUCAUGCAUACUGGGUUUAUAUAACAACCAGACAGACCGCACCGUACCAUAAAAUAUGAAACAACAUUUGUACAAGAAUUAGCCAAAUGUGACAAUGAGGGAGGUAGUAAUUAAUAGACAGGGCAUAAUUCAAGAAUGGUAGAUCGUAUAAUAAUAGUCCAUAGGUCAAAAUGAGGCUUAUGAUAAGAAGGACAUGAAUAUGAAUAGUUUGGUUAUUUAACGAUUGUACGAUAAAAAUAUACUCAUAGUAUUGGUCCAUAAAUGGAUCCCAAAAGUUACUAUUUAUUAUGCUUAUCCGGACAUAACAAUCAGGAAGACAAGGUAAAGUAAAAUUACGUAGUAUUAAUAACGAAUCGUCAAAAAGAUAAAAACGCUAGGGGAAAGUACUCACAGCUAACUCAUACAAAAAUCAAGUGUUAGAGCUAUGGGUAGGAUCCGAGCGUGAACUUUUCGCUUUUUCACGCAGUUAUGGUUUAAAAGGAAUUUUUAACGCCUUUGUAAUACACAGAUUAUUGGUUUGCGCUCACUUCAAACUCAAUUGUUUGCCUGUUUAGGUGAUCUUGAAAGAUAUAUUUGGUGGAACACGAUGACUAUAGUCGACAAGCUCUUUCAAUAUUUACCUGUUUCUUGUUUCGUAGUUUAUUUUCUGUAUCUGAUAUUAUUCGGCAUGUUUUUUUCCUCUAAAUGUCAUUCUUCUACUAAUUACAGUUCUAAAAAAUCGAUUCGAAAGCCAUUCUGUAUUCACUUCAACUGUAGCUUCACACAGACUGGUUGAACGGCACUAUAGAAAGUGCUUGAAUAAAGUAACCAUCGAAAAAAAUAAAUCCUACAAACAUCUUGUCUUUAGUUUUCCUCUGUCAUGAGAUUCAUAGUACAUCAAUCGAGAUGUUUAAACGUACAUAGUUCUGCUCGGUACAUCAAAUUAAUAGAAUGAAUACCAAUUGCUGUGAUGUAGGCAGAUAAUCUUGUUUUUUUGUUUGGUAAUUCACCCGUAAAAAACUUAGGCUGCAAUCCAAAAUCAAACAAGAUAAAUGUGGUGGACAUUCGAGACGCAACUCAAUUUGAGAUUGUUUAGUUAUGAACAUGAUUAGAGAAGAAACUUUUCGAGACCCAAUCCUACAAGAAGUUAGAAAGUUCCAUCUAGAAGGGCGGCCUUCAAAAAUCAGCUCUACAGAGCUUCAACAGUUUUACUAGCGUAGACUCAAUCAUCGACGACUGCCCGUUGUUUGCUGAAUGUGUCAUAAUCCCAAAGGAGCUAUAACCAGCAAUCCUUGACCAGUUGCACGUUGGACAUCCUAGAAGAAAUCGAAUGAAAGCACUAUCACGAAGUUAUAUAUACUGACCGCGUUUAGACUUUCAACUGGAUCAUCUGUCCCAUUCGUGUACCAAAUGUGCAUUGGCAACAGAGGCACCGCGAAAAGCAGAGCUGCAAUCAUGGCCAAUAUCACAGUCACUGUGGCAGCGUAUACACUCGGACUUUGCUGGCACACUUCAUGGACAAACUUACUUUCUGGUAGUUGAUGCAUACAGCAAGUGGCCAGAAAUUUUUCUCAUGGAACACCCAACUGCAAGCUGCACAGUAAACUACUUCAACUAUUCAGUCGUUUCGGAGUCUCAUAAUUGAUAGUUAAUGACAAUGGAACACAGUUUACAUCCACUACCUUCCCAGAAUUUUGUCGGCAGAACGGAGUAAAUCAUGUUCAAACACGUCCAUUCCAUCCUCGACCCAAUGGUAAAGUGGAACGCUUUGUGAGCACAUUUAAAAAUGCUCUAAAAAUAUAAAGGGUAGGUGACCACCGAAAAGAUCCUAGCGAGGUUCCUGCUUAUUUAUCGCUCUACAUCAAACCCUCAGACGAUUAACGGGGUCUCCCCAGCAGAAGCUCUACUUGGCAGAAAAAUACGAACACAUUUCGAUGUCAUCUGUCCUACGCCAGCUCUCGAGCCUCAACGAAGCGUAUCGAUGGGGAAGCAGUUCAGUCGACAUCAUGGGGCACAAAGAUGAUUGUUCACGGUGGGUCAGAAAGUACUUGCUAUGGACUAUCGUGGAAAACAUCCUACAUGGACAGCUGAUCGGGUCGUGCAAGAAAAAGGAAAUGUGGUUUAUGAGGUGUCAGUUGGCUCAGAAGUUUGGGUACGUCAUGCUAACCAAUUGGAAGUAACUCCAACAACUCGCAACGAGACUCGUUAUAGAAUAUCUCUUGACGUUCUGCUAGACGCCUUUGAAAUCGAAACGCAAGCAAAGAGUGAUACAACUUUAUUGCCUAGAUGAUGGACAAAUCGAAAUCACAGGCCGGUCACUCAGUUGCAGUUGGACCCUAGCACCUGAUCCUGCGAACCUGCUCAAAGGGGAAGUGUUAGCGGGACUUAGAUUGGAUUAAGGCAUGUUUCAUGCACGAUUGCUUUGGUGUGUGCUGAUUGGCCGAUUCUUAACUAAUCAGCGCUAGUCGAUACUUGGAGAAGUCUCUAGAAUUCUCUCGUGUAAAAACUAUAAAUACACUAACGUUUUUCUUAUUUUGCUUCUUAAUUCCAUCUGCUCUUGUUAUUUGGAAUAUAAUUUCUUUCCUGAUCAACCGUGUUCUGAUUUGGGGACUUGUAGAGUGAAUUGGUGUCCAAGGAAUACUAAGCAAUAGGAAUAGCUGAGCUGUAAUAGAGAAUUAUAACAUUUUAAACCCCUUUCGUCCCAUCUGACCAGGUAGAAAUCGUCACCCCAAACGUCUGUGUCAGCUGUUGUUUGUUAAACCCGUUGACACCGUACUUCUAUUUAGUUUUACCAUGAUUACCCAAGGCCGUGAAUUUAAGUUCUAUUUCGUAUUUUUUUUGUACCUUUGUUUGGUAAAUGGGGCUCAAACCCGUUACUCAUUAGUUGUGUUGGGUUUGCGUACUUCACUAGUGUGAAAUGACUUAUCUUAAAAUUUGUAUCAGAUCAGUUUGUUCCCGGGAAUCAUUUUUUUUUUAGGUUAGUCAAUCAUGGGUGUUCCAGCUUUUUUCAGAUGGCUGAGUAUGAAAUAUCCAUCAAUUGUCACCCAUUGUGCAGAGAAACGUGGAGCUAUUUUGGAUGAUGAUGGCAAUAGAUCACCUAUAGAUACAUCGGAGCCGAAUCCAAAUGGAGAAGAAUUCGACAAUCUAUAUUUAGAUAUGAACGGUAUUAUCCAUCCAUGUACGCAUCCAGAAAACAAACCAGCUCCAAAAACGGAGUCGGAAAUGUUCCUAGCUAUUUUCGAAUACAUAGAUAGACUAUUUGCCAUUGUUCGCCCUAGAAGAGUACUGUAUAUGGCCAUCGAUGGAGUGGCUCCACGUGCUAAAAUGAAUCAACAACGCUCCAGACGUUUUCGAGCGGCUCAAGAGGCGAAAGAAAAACAUAUAACUAUUGAGCGUUUAAGGAAUGAACUAAUUGCAAGAGGGGCGCAUCUUCCACCACCUAAGGAAGAACAUUUUGAUUCCAAUUGUAUUACUCCAGGAACACCAUUUAUGGCACGUUUGGCUGUUGCUUUAAGGGGGUAUAUAUAUACUCGUUUGACAAAAGAUCCAGGAUGGAAGAAUCUGAUGGUAUUCUUGAGUGACGCAAAUGUUCCUGGUGAGGGUGAACAUAAAAUCAUGGAUUUUAUCAGACGACAGAGAAAUAAUCCAACUCAUGACGCCAAUACGAAACAUUGUUUAUGUGGCGCUGACGCUGACCUUAUAAUGCUUGGAUUAGCCACACAUGAACCAUAUUUUACUAUUAUUCGUGAGGAAUUUAAACCAAACCAACCAAAACCUUGUGAUUUGUGCGGCCAGAUGGGUCAUGAGAUGGAGGACUGCGUAGGUGCUCCAAAAGAAGAAGAUCCAAACGAAGGUCCUCCACUACCUUCAGGAGAUGUGGAUUUCAUCUUUAUUCGCUUGAAUGUUCUAAGACAAUAUCUAGCAGAAGAUCUGAAGUUGGCCGGCAUUACAUUUGAAUGGGAUCUCGAACGAGUCAUUGACGAUUGGGUUUUUAUGUGCUUUUUCGUUGGAAAUGACUUCCUCCCUCAUCUUCCGAGUUUGGAAAUCCGUGAAGGAGCAAUUGAUCGUUUGAUUGAAAUCUAUAAGUCAACAGUCCAGAAAACGGGAGGGUGGCUUACUGAUAGUGGACGAGUCAAUUUAGAGCGUGUCCAACUCAUUAUGGUUGAUUUGGGAAAGAUGGAGGAUGAGAUCUUCAAAAAUCGUCGUGAAUCAGAACUACAGUUUCGUAAUAGAAAGCGCCAACAUUCAUCUGGCAAUGGUUAUGAUAAAAACCAACGCGGGUUCGCUCCACAGCGAUUGGGUCACCGCCCAUCAUUCGAAGUGUCUCAGUCUGGUUUUAUGGAACCUAUUCCCCUAAGAGGACGUCACGGAAUAGCACACCCCAAAGGUCACUAUACAAAUCAAGUUGUUUCUGCUGAUGAGUUAUUAGCUGCACGACGUUAUCAGGGUAGAUGUCAAGAAAGUGUUAAUUGGGUGGAUAGAAAUUUAAAUAACCUCGAGGCAGCAACAGCACUGAAAGCUAUGCUGAAACGCGAUAAACCUAUUGAAAACGGAAUCUCAAAUAAUAUGAAUAGUCCCACUAUUCUUCCGAAAAUACCUCGAAUUAUUUCUGAUAACAACACAAGUCUACAAGGUGUUUCAUCUGGUCGCAACAACAGAUCAGGUAAUCAUCACGACGAUGAGGAUGAGAUGAUGGAUGCUGCGGAUGAAGUACGGUUUUGGGAAGAUGGAUGGAGAUCACGAUAUUAUCGAUCUAAAUUUGGAGUUGACCCGACAGAUGCACCUGGGUUCUGUAUCAAAGUUGGUCAGGAAUAUGCCCUUGGUUUAUGCUGGGUCUUAGCCUAUUAUUACCAAGGUUGUGCUUCAUGGGAUUGGUAUUUCCCGUAUCAUUAUGCUCCAUUUGCCAGUGACUUCUCCAAAAUCUCAGAACUCGAUGUUGACUUUUCGAAAAAAGAAACAAAACCGUUUAGACCACUGGAGCAACUUAUGAGCGUGUUCCCGGCCGACUCUCGUAGUCACGUCCCUCCAGCGUGGCAGGACUUAAUGACCGAUCCCGAUUCUCCUAUAAUUGAUUUUUACCCAACAGACUUCAAAGUAGACUUGAAUGGCAAACGAUAUCUGUGGAUGGGUGUAGCUUUGUUACCAUUUGUUGAUGAGGUUCGUUUGCUGAAAGCUUUGGAUGCCCGAAGAAAUCUUUUAACAAAAGAAGAGAUUGAGAGAAAUGUUCGUGGUUCAGACCAGUUGUUUUGUAGAGCUGAUCAUUCUGCUGGUCCAUUGUUGCAUUCUCUAUACAAAGUAUCACAUGAAAAGAUUGAGAAAGAUAAUUCGGAAGAACAAAUCAUACCAACUUGGGCAUCUGCAAUUGAUCCACGUGUUACGUUUGGAAUUAGUGGUCUAAUCUGGCCUAACAAAAUGGCUUACUUGCCUGGGAGUCGUGUACCUAGUGCAGUCCCAGGUCACGUUCCUGAUUUAAAGGUUUCUGAAGCUGUAUCAAUAUGUUUUUCAGAUCCUCAAUAUCCAAAGGGCUUCGUCUUUCCUUCCAAGUUACUUGAAUCCGUUAAAAUGCCACCCCCAGUGUACCUUCAACCUCCUCAGCGUGGUAGAGGAAGAGGACGAGCAAGUUUUCGCACCGAUGAACAUCGUGGACGUUUUAAUGCCAAUGCAGCUAUGCAGUACUAUGCUCGAGACAAUUCGUCAGAUAGGGAGGAUACUGGUAGAGAUUUUUAUCCAAACUCACCGAUGAACAGGAUGGUUAUGAAUUCAUUACCACGAUAUCAGCGCAGUCGAGGUAGCCACUUACAGUAUUCAUCUAGAUCAGAUUGUGGCAAACUAAGUAACAACAUUCCACCAAAUUGGCGACCUGGGUCUUUUAAUCGUUUUCCUCCUCAAAAUGAUGCUUAUCAUCGAGGUGGACCUGCCUAUCGUCAAUCUAGUAGUCAUCCAUACGCUAAUCCGUAUUCUGUCCAUCCUCCAAACUUCAGUACAGGCCUUUCCAAUUCAGUCGUUAAGAAUAGCCGCCCACCAUGGUUGCCUCCAAAUGGUAGGGGUUGAUCAAAAUAUCAAAGCUUUUACUACUUAUUUCCAUAUUCAUACUACUUUCUUCCUGCAUUUUUAUAUUUUAUUAUUAUAACAAACUAUUAGUUGUAUAUGAUGUAGAAAUUAUUUUGCGCCUGUACAACACAAGUAAUAAAUAUUUACUCCUUUCUCCACCCCUUCUAUUUACAUUAACAUGUAUACUAGUAACUGUAUUCUGGCACAAUUAAAUGGCAAUUUGUAUAGUGAAUAUCACUGAUCAUUUGUCAAUUUCUAUUUAACAACUGAGUUGUGUAGUGACACUAAAUUGUGAAAGACUAAUAUAAUUUUUUCGAAAUUUCAGCUGUUAAUAUAAACAAUUGAUAUUCUGUUCCAAAGAUUUUUAUUAAUUUCCUCAUUCUUAGUGAAUUUUUAAACCGUACUUGUUACGUACUGAACAACUGGUACUCAAUUCAACUAAAUGACUCAAUGGGAUCCAUAAAUAAUUCACAACCUAGGUUCUCAUUGUUUUAGAUUAUUCACUGUCCUAGCCACUAACAGUUGAAUAAACACUGGAUGGUAU